CAAUGCCCAUAUAAAAAUAUUCCCUUGAUGACCUCAACCGGAACCGAACCAGAACAACCAGUCGGUUACAAGUCAUGCAGUGAUCGGAAAUUCAGAUCCACCAUCUUCCAACUCUCCCCGUUGACUUCCCACAAAAAAAGUCAACCAAACAUCCUCCAAAUAUACUCUCUCUCUAGAUUAGACACUUUCUCUCUCUAACCUCUACCUACACACAGAUCUGGAAUCUAAAACCCUAGCUCAUCUCCGUCACCAAUUUUCCGAUCGGUCUAAUGUCUUCCAAAACUCUUCCGUACUCCAUGAAAGACGUUCAAUACGAUAACGCCAAGUUUCGUCGACGAUCCUUGUUUCAGGUUAUUUCACAUACUUUUUUCACCAAAAAGAUGAAGCGUGAAUGUAUGGCUUGUAGCACAGGAAAGUUUCUUGCCUUGUUAAUGAUAUGCGGUUUGACAUAUCUUAUGCUCACUCAUGCAAGUCCUAUACAUUCUAUAACCAAUCAUGUAUCUAGUUUCGGGACCCACAAAGGUAAUAACUCCAUCAUAUACGGUGGCAUUGGAGUUAGAAGAUUCUGGAGAAAGCCACCUAGGCUUCCACCUAGAUUGUCACCUGACGAAAGUAACAAUAAAUCUAUCGCAUCUGAAUGGACAAGUAAGCAAGAAAGCGUUAAGAAGGCGUUUAUCCACGCGUGGUCCGGUUACAAAAACUACGCAAUGGGUUACGAUGAACUUAUGCCGUUAAGCAAGAGAGGCGUUGACGGUCUAGGAGGUCUAGGGGCUACGGUUGUCGAUGCAUUAGAUACAGCCAUGAUAAUGGGACUUGAUGAUGUCGUUUCCGAAGCAGGUUCAUGGGUUGAAAAACAUCUUCCCGAAAGAAUAUCUCAUAAAGGUCAAGUUAAUCUAUUCGAAACCACCAUACGUGUUGUUGGUGGUCUUUUAAGUUCGUAUCAUCUGAGUAACUCAAAUCCUACAAACAAGGGACCCAAACCAUCUGUCUACUUAGAAAACGCUAAAAACUUGGCUGAUCGUCUUUUAACGGGAUUCACUUCUAGUCCAACCGCUAUUCCGUUUAGUGAUGUGGUUUUGCAUGAGCGCACUGCACACGCUGCUCCUGAUGGACUCAGCAGUACCUCAGAAGCUACCACUUUACAACUUGAGUAUAAUUAUCUUAGUUUUCUUACUGGUGAUCCGAAGUACAGCAUUGAAGCAAUGAAGGUUUUGGAACAUAUGAAGACUCUUCCGAAAUCUGAAGGGCUUGUUCCCAUCUACAUUAGCCCUACGUCUGGUGAAUUUUCUGGAAACAAUAUUAGAUUAGGUUCUCGAGGUGACAGCUAUUAUGAAUACUUGAUCAAAGUGUGGCUACAGCAGAGACAGAGUAAUCGGACAUAUUUGCAUGACAUGUAUGUAGAAGCCGUAAAAGGCGUCAAACGUCAUCUUGUUAGAAAAUCAAAGCCCAACGGGCUUGUUUUCGUUGGGGAGUUGCCUGAUGGGAUUGACGGUGGGUUUAGCCCCAAAAUGGAUCAUUUGGUGUGCUUCUUACCUGGCACUCUUGCACUUGGAGCCACCAACGGCAUUACCAAAGCAAAGGCUAUGGAAGAAAAUUUGCUGACUUUUGAAGACCUUGAAAACCUAAAGCUAGCCGAAGAUCUGGCUAAAACUUGUUUCGAGAUGUAUGCCGUCACAUCCACUGGGUUGGCUCCCGAGAUUGCUUAUUUCAAUUCCGAGAGCUAUUCGGAGAAUGGUCUUGAUGGAGGAAACAAGAGUUCCGAGUAUAUACACGACAUUGUAAUUAAACACGCUGAUCGCCACAACCUUUUGCGUCCCGAGACCGUAGAAUCAUUGUUCAUCCUAUACCGUAUAACAGAAGAUUCAAAAUAUCGUGAAUGGGGUUGGUCAAUCUUUGAGGCGUUUGAGAAGUACACAAAGGUGGAGUCCGGUGGUUACAGUUCUCUGGAUGAUGUUACCGUGCUUCCUCCUAGACGAAGAGACAAAAUGGAAACGUUUUUCUUGGGUGAAACCCUCAAGUAUUUGUAUUUACUAUUUAGCGACAGUAACGUUAUCCCGUUAACAGAGUUUGUGUUUAACACCGAAGCUCAUCCUAUUCCUAUUAUUACAAAAGACCACCAAACGGAAUGAUUCUCUUUCAAGUUUCCGCAGCUGAUAAACGUAAACCAUCUAUAUUAUACAAAAUACCUGGAUAACCAAGAGGAUUUACGCGCGUACAUCAUGAAACGGUGAUGUAGGUGUACAUGGUUCGAGUUUUCAUCUUGAAGUGAAGGAUAUGACCAAAUUGAUACUCAACUACACAAACAUUUUGAACCCUUUGAUGCAUUUGUUUCACCUUCAAAUAUGUAUUACCAUUACAUCUGUUUAUCUGUCGUUUUAAUUACCGAGUGAAAAAAAGUAGAUAGAAUCAUAGAACAUCUCUUGUUGUACUAAGUUAAGAUUAUUGAGUCGGAUAUGGUUACCGUCAAAAGCCCAUCAUUCUAAUCAAUUUGUCGAUCUUUUGUUAGAUUUUAAUUCAAUUGAAUAGAAACUUGUUGAAGCUA